AUGACACCCCGUCCGCUCUACAUCGCCGCCCUCGACACGGACGUACCUUGCCCUCCAGUCUAUGCUCAACGGGGCCUAUAUAGCUCGCAAUUUCGCGUUCUUUUGCGUGCGGCCGCAGAGCGUCUGCAAGAAAGAUUUUCGCCGACAGGACAACAAUCAAUCGACGUUCAAGUCACGGCAUUCGAUGUAGUUGGGGGCUCAUUCCCGCCUUUUGAAUGCCUGCGGACUGACUCUAGCUUCUCAACAGAGCAAGUCCACCAUCGACCGACCCCAGGCCCCAUAGACGCCAUACUAGUGACUGGCGCAGCUGCCGCCGCAUACAAUGAUGUUCCUUGGAUCCACGCGUUACGGACAUACAUCCAGAAAGUGUAUACCGAGUAUCCUCUGGUCAAGAUAUUCGGUUCAUGCUUCGGCCACCAGUUAAUUGCCCAGGCAUUGCUGGGAGACGAAACAGGUUCAAUCUGUGAGCGCAAGGCGGUCUCAGUAGAGCGUUCGGAGGGGUAUGAAAUGGGCGUUCACACGAUUUCUCUCCACCCAGACUUCCAGUCCCGUUUUUCGCCUCUCGAUCCCUUCUCGUGGGAAAGACCCUUCCGAAUCCAGCUAAUUCACGGAGAUGCCGUCUUUCCAACACAAGGAAGAGCUGCAGAGCGGCCACCGACGAGGGUCUGCCUGCCUGAGCCAUGGAUCAACAUAGGAAGCAGUGCCGCGUGCCAGAUCCAAGGUCUCUACAAGCCCGGUCAAGUCCUCACACUGCAGGGUCAUUUCGAAUUCGAUGCCUUCGCUACUAUAGCCCUAUGCCAGGAAUUCGGCCGUCGUCAUCACUGGUCCCCUGAAGUCCUUGCGUCAUGCAUUGAGGAGAUCGAACGAAGUCCCGAAGAUGACUCCAGGGCCGCGGCCGAGGUCGUACUUCUGUUUUUGGCCGGGAGGGACUGCGCGAUGGAUGGUGGCCCCACGAAAUGUGAGCGCACAAAUAAUCUAGGACGGAAUAAAGAAUGA